AUGCUUUUUAGUCCAAUAUUAAAAUUGGGAUAUUUUAAGCAAUAUCUUAAGCAACCUUUAGUAUUAACAUAUACCAAAAUAUGUCCACCAAUAUCCACCACCAAACCAGUUUGUCCAGGUUCUUCAGGCAACCCUCCUUCAGGUACUCCGUCAUUAGGAUUAAAACGAGCAGUUAAACCUGGUAAAGUACGAAUGGGCUUCAUACCAGACGAAUGGUUCCUGUUCUUCUAUUCGAAAACCGGCGUAACUGGACCGUAUGUGUUUGGAUUAGUUCUAACGAACUAUUUAUUUAGCAAAGAAAUUUUUGUUAUGGAACAUGAGUAUUACGUCGGUUUGUCUAUAUUUCCUAUGCUGUACUACGCUUCAACGAGAUUUGGUCCAGACUUGGGCCGUAGCCUCGACAAGAGUAUCGAUGAAUAUGUCGAAACACUAGAAAAGGCGAGGAGGGACGAGGCAUGUGUCUAUGAAAAUGCAAUCAAAGACGCAAAAGAUGCUCAAUGGCGAGCAGAAGGACAAAAAUUACUCAUGGAUGCAAAGAAAGAAAAUAUAGCAAUGCAAUUAGAAGCGAUAUACCGAGAAAGAUUUAUGCAAGUAUUUCGUGCCGUUAAGGGUCGCCUAGACUAUCAAGUCAAGCUUCAACGUUCAAUGAAUAGAAUACAUCAAAAAUGGAUGAUAAAUUGGAUACUUCAAAAUGUUAAGAAAUCUAUAACUCCUGAUUUCGAAAAAGCAGUUCUACAUAAAGCAAUACAAGAUAUAGCUGCUAUCAGCAGCAAAACAUAAUAAAUGAUGAGCAAUAGAAUUUUUAUUUUAAAGCUAAUAUUGAGGGAUAUAAAAGGUUUUUUUAAAUCUUACAUUGUUGCAAUUGUUGCCGAAGUGCUUAUGUUAAUUGAAUAUACAAAUAUUUCGUUUACUA